AUGGAUCCUCCAUGGAGGCAAGAGGUAGAUCGGUUCUGUUACCAAUACCUUCAACUGGAGCCGAUUCUUGACUAUCCUCAAGACAAAUUCCUCCGUUUGGAAGUCGUUCAGAAUGACAUCUACAAGCGUAUCUUCUGUGAUGAGACGGGCAGUGUCGGCCCUCCAGACAGAUAUCGCAUCAAGAUUUUGAAGGAGCUGGUGUUCCGAAUAGAGUCUUCAAUAGAUGACUGGGAUAGAUAUGCGGUAUCUGACGAUAUCAUGAACACACUAUCGGCACUUCUGGCCACUCCCAUGCCACCAGAUGCUGUAUCAGCACAAAAGAAGUGCUAUGUAACAUAUCACCUGUCCGUGCUUGAGCGUGGGACGCAGUCAGAGACGGCCGGUCCACAUCCGAGCAUCACGCUCCUCGAAAACCGAAACCUAAUUGCCGCGGGCGGUACAACGGGCCACAGGACCUGGGAGGCGGCAUUACAAUUGGGACAAUACCUGUGUCAAAACCCGUCCCUAGUCGCGGGAAAACGCGUGCUGGAAUUGGGUGCCGGUACCGGAUACCCGUCUAUACUCUGUGUGAAGCAUCUGCAAGCAGGUCACGCCAUUGCUUCGGAUGGAUCCGACGACGUCAUUAACAACCUGCCGGAUAAUUUGUUCCUCAACAGUCUCCAGGACUCGUCGAAAAUCACCCUCAUGGAUAUCAAAUGGGGACAUGCAUUGGUUGGCACGGAGGAUGAGAAGUGGAAUAGUGGCCAGCCAGUCGAUGUCGUACUGGGUGCUGAUAUCACGUAUGAUGAGCGUGUUAUGCCGGCUUUGGUCGCGACUCUUUUCGACCUUUUUGGGAUGUAUCCAAGCCUUCAAGUGUACAUAUCGGCAACCGAACGAAAUGCAGAGACAUACCAGGCGUUUCUGAAGGUGUGCAGACAGCGGAACCUGGCUGUAGAGGAUCUGCACAUUGAUGUGCCUCCUCGAUCGAAGCAGAAUGGCCCGUUUUACGAUGACCAGCUGGCGAUACACUUAUGGGAAGAUGAUGACCAUGUCAUGGCUGCUAGUUGGAGGAAGCCCAGGAUUUUCCUUGGCCACAGUUUCUGCGGAAGUGGCAGCCAGGAAUUGAAGCAAGGAAGUUGGGAAGUUGGAAACAUGGAAUUUGUUUUGGCGAGCGUCAUCACUGCCAUCACCCUCUCCCACUUACGGUGCAAGCGGUGGUCCGUUCUGAUUGACGCCAUCCGCCGUGCGGGACGGGGGCUGUCUCAUGACGGUAGCGGCGCCUAUCGGUCUGUGGGGAGGCGAGACAGUGUGUGA